AUGAAAUAAAUAAAAACAAUAGAAGAUUAUAGAAGAGACAUAAAACUAUUAAAGCUAAAAUACUUAAAAUUAUAAGACGAAAAAAAUCGACUUGAAUUACUAGUUAAAGGAUCUCACCAAAUGAAUUAUAAUUAAAACAUUUUAUAAGGAUUAGCUGAACCAGAAAUAAAUAUAAACACAAGUCCAAGUCGAACAAAAGAUACUUAUAUGUCUUAUGACAAAUAAAUAAUGAAAGAUUUUUAAAAUAAAUGCUCUCGAAAUUUAGGUUUAACCCCUGAAAGUUUAUAUAGAGCAGCAGAUGUAGAAGGAAAAGGUAUUAUAACAGAUCAAUAAUUUAAACAAUUUUUAAUGUAAUCAAAGUUAAAUAUGAACACUUCUUCAAUAUAAAGAAUAAUAUAACUAUCUGAUAUAAACUGCUCUGGAUAUAUAUAAAAAAAAACUUAUUAUUAAUGUUUAGCAGCAUUCUAAAUAAACCAAGAAAAUAACGAAGACAAUAACCAGAGGCAAGAAAACUAAAGAACUUUUAUACAACAAAGUAUUUUUAAGUUUGCAUAAAAUUUAAUAAAUUAAAAAAUUUCUCCAUAUGAUUGUUUUAUAGAAAUGGAUUAAGAAAAUAAUGAUAACAUAACUUAUGAUGAUUUAAAUACAUAUUUUCAUAAAUAUUGUAAAGAUAUGUCUCCAACUGAAUGUAUAGGUGCAUUUAAUUAUUUAGAUGUAGAUUCAUAAUAAAACAUAUUAAGAGAUAUGUUUGUAGUUGAAUUAAAAAAAAUAAUGAGAAUUAUUUCUAAAGAAAAAGGAUAAGACAUUUCAUCUUUUAUAGAUAAAAAAUCUAAUACAAAAUAAAAUAAUUAUAAUAAUAAUAAUAAUAAUAAUAAUAAUAAUAAUAAUAAUAAUAAUAAUAAUAAUAAUAAUUAAUUAGAAAUAAGUUUACUAUAAAAAUAAAUAAUUUAACCUAAAAAUUUUGAAAUAAAAUUGGAUGCCGUCAAUAUAAAUACUGUAGUAAAGAAAUUUAUAAAUAAUUAUAAAAUAAACAUAUAUGAUUUAUUAAAUAAUUUAAUAUAUAAUUUGAAUGAUUUUCGUGCUGGAAUAGUUGUAACUGAUGUCUUAAGAGUUUUCGAUAUAUUAAAAUUAGACAGAAAAGUAUCCGGAGGUGAUAAAAUAGCUUUCUUUAGGGCAUUAGAUUUCGGAUGUAACGGUUCCAUAGAUUAUAAUGAGCUAUUAUGUUUUUACAUAUCGAAUAUAUAGUCUAAUUGGCCUAUAGAUUUCACCUUUCUUAUUGUAGCAAGGAUUCUUUAAGUAUUCGAAAUAAGUGCAAGUGAAGCUUUCCUUUACUGUAACAUAAAUCCUGAAUAAAAUUUAUCUAUUGAAGAAUGCAAUCAUAUAUUCGAAGACAUAUUUUAAAUCCAAGAUAUAUAAAUAUAAAAGAAAUAUUUUGAAUUGCUAGAUGUAAAUAAGAAAGGUUU